CAACAAAUCCAUCGGGAAGAAGAAAAAAAAAAGGAAAACUGUUAGCCUGUGACAUAGCCUACACGGCAAACGAUAUGCUUGGACGUUUUGACCAGCGAUGAGCAGUUUCCUGUUGUAGCUACAGGCUCUAAACGAGCUGCUCUCCCCCAGACCAUGGUCGAUAAUCGGUAUGCCACAGCUUUGGUCAUCGGCUCGGUGCUGAGUCUGCUGGCCACAGUGUACCUGUCUGUGGCCGUGGGGACUCAGCACUGGUACCAGUACAACAGUCCACAAGUCAAUCACGACAGCAGCAACGUCUCCGAGCUACGAGACGACUUCAUCAAUGGAGAGUUUGAAGAGAAGAUCUACAGCGAGACCAUGUACCGGCUCAACGGCACUCUGGGGCUGUGGUGGAGGUGCAUUCAGGUUCCCAGCCGCAUCCAGUCGCACUGGUAUAGAGAGCCAGAUCCCAAGAUGGAGACCCAGUGUGUGAGCUUCACUCUUCCUCAGCAAUUUUCUCCAAAGUUCAAGUAUGAUGGAAACCACAGCAGUGAAGAUCUACUGAGAACAUAUCUAUGGCGAUCCCAGUUUCUCCUCCCCUUGGUGUCUCUGGCUUUGGUGUUCCUCAGUGGUCUAGUUGGGGUCUGCGCCUGCUUGUGUCGUAGCUUCACCCCCACCUUUGGUGUGGGGGUUCUUCAUGUUCUUGCAGGUCUGUGCUCCCUGGGCACUGUUAGCUGUUUCUUGGCGGGGAUGGACUUGCUCCACCAGUACUCCAAACCGCCAGGGGGGGUAGAGGGCUCGUUGGGCUGGUCCCUCUACCUCGCCCUUAUCUCCUUCCCUCUGCAGAUGAUGGCAGCUGCUCUGUUCCUGUGGGCAGCCAAGAGUCACCGCAAGAACUACACACGCAUCAUUGCUUACAGGGUCGCAUAAGAGAGCGAGAGGCGACUCAUAACAGUGGUGUCUUGUAGCUUAAAAAACACCCUUCUGGUCUGAGGACUUCAUUACACAUCCUGUCAUUCAUAGGAGCUGACGCUAAUCCAAAGAAUUGACCGUUUCACUUACAGAGUAUCACAGACCUUAAUACCGGAAUAAACUAAACCAGACAGCGAAUCAUCACAAGUGCUCAUAUGUAGGUAUAGGGUUUUUUUUAUCAGAGUUUUGCUUUCCGAACAUUUGUUUUAAUAGUAUCUAUAACCGAUCUUACCCAAAGUGUGUUCUUAAUGUCUUUCAAUGCCCAUCAAAUGUUGGGAAUCAUUUGCUGUUUAUGGUGUUUGCCUUUUUUGCCGUGCAGAGUUUGUUUGCGUUCUUUGUCAGUUGCCAUUUCUUUUAAAGCUGCUCACCACAUUGCUCUUAAAUCAUCUACAAACAUGCACUGUCACCAAAAACAAACGUGCAGAGACAUGUUGAGAUGUUUUUCAUAACCAGGACAUGAAAAAUAUUACUCAUCAUUAUGUUCCUUAAUUUUGAUGCGUUAUUGUUGUGUUCUUAUUUUGCGUUAUUGUUAGUAUGGAGCCUUUGCUGUGCAUGCCUUUUUAGCUGACAUUUCCAUCAUCUGUGGUAAUUGCCAAUUUCUGUCUGUGGUAUGUGACGAUUAAAUGUCAGUCAUUGAAGACGUAGCCUUCUAUUGUCACCAGUAUUUAUAGAUCUAAUAUUUAUUAACUCAGUUUGUGUUUAAAAAAAAAAAAUUACUUGUUUUGAAGUCAGUCGAGAAGAACCUGUGACCUAAUUGCAACGUUUAGCCCCAAAUUGCAGUACUGCCAUUUUACAUUUCUAAUAUUUGGGUUUUAGUCUUUGGGAUAUUUUGUUUAAACAAAAUUUUAUUUGACAGUAUUUUUAUGGUUAAGAUCUUUUUCAAGAGCGAACAGAGAAACAAUGACACUGUCAAACAAGAAGCUUCAAACUUCAAAGUGCUUAGGAUGACUCCCUCGAGCAAAGUGGGACAGUUUGACUGGCAAAUACAGGUUUUACAUCAAGUCUUGUCUGUUAUAGCCCAGAGUCAAAGAGGCUUUACAUAACCACUCUUCAUUUGCAAGUGUACGUGCUUCUUAAUCUACAUCGUUGUACUCAACAUUUGUGUGGAAAGAAUGAAUUUAUGUUUGAUUUUUACCAGCAUCAGAAAAUGAACUGUAAUGUUUUUGUUUCCUAUUUUGUUACACGUCUAAUGUGUAUACACUCUGGCUUUUCUAAAUGUUUGUGUGUUCUGAUGCACACUGUACUUGUUUCUAUGUUAAUACAUUUGAGAAUUGCUGGC